CUAUCUGUUUCUUAACGAUAAACCAAACUUGAUAACUUGAUGCUCUAAAGCAGUCUUUACAAAACCAAAAAAAUGAACAUCUGGCCUAUAAAACACAACUUAAUGCUGAACUAUAUUUUAAUUUAUACGCCAAUGUUAGCCAAUAAUGUAAACAAUUGGAUCCAUAUGCUGGUAUGUACCAGCUUUGAGGUCCAGUCCGGGUUCUGUGCUCUCAGUAAUCAGAUCUGUGGGUGGCUCUUCCUCUUCCACACCGCCGACUGUUGCUUCAGUCAUACUUUCACAAAACAACGGUUGUUUACUGGUUUAAUUUAUGCCAUCACAUCUCGCUUUUAGAAGCUAGUUUUAUAAAGAAAAAGAUGGACUUUAACGUGAAGAGGUUCGCUUCGGACGCGGGUACUUUAUUCAGCCGGGCGGUGCAAUUUACAGAAGAAAAACUUGGCCAGGCUGAGAAGACGGAGUUAGAUGCACAUUUGGAGAAUCUUCUCACCAGAGCCGAAUGCACCAAACACUGGACAGAGAAGAUUUUAAAGCAGACGGAAGUGUUACUGCAGCCAAACCCAAAUGUCCGAAUAGAGGAGUUCCUGUAUGAAAAACUGGAGAAAAAAGCCCCGACACGAAUGAACAAUCAUGAACUUCUGGGUCAAUCCAUGAUCGACUCUGGGAAUGAAUUCGGGCCUGGAGCAGCCUAUGGAAACGCUCUGAUAAAGUGCGGUGAGACAGAGAACCAGAUCGGGGGAGCCGAGCGAGAGUUUAUUCAGAGCUCUGCCAUCAAUUUCCUCACGCCUUUCCGCAACUUUCUGGAGGGCGACUUCAAGACUAUAUUGAAAGAACGCAAACUUCUUCAAAACAAACGACUGGAUCUUGAUGCUGCCAAGACCAAACUGAAAAAAGCCAAAAUGACUGAAGGAAGAGCUCUGGCAGAACAAGAUCUAAAGAUGACACAGAGUGAGUUUGACAGACAGGCAGAGAUCACCAGGCUUCUUCUGGAGGGGAUCAGCAGUACACAUGCACAUCAUCUUCGCUGUUUGCACGACUUUGUGGAGGCGCAGAUGACAUAUUACGCCCAGUGUUACCAGUACAUGGUAGAUCUCCAGAAGCAGUUGGGAAACUUCCCUACGGCUUUCUCUUCCAACAACAACCAAUCAGCAGCCAGCGGUGGGGCAAGUGUCUCAGUCCCCAUCCUGCCUCUAUCAGGCCCUCUUGCUUCCAAUGUAGGCAAUGCUUCUUCAGGUUUCACAGAGCUGCAGAACUUCAGCGGGAGCCGUAAAGCACGGGUGCUCUAUGAUUACGAUGCCGAGAGCAGCAGUGAACUCUCCUUAUUGGCUGAUGAGGUGAUCAUGGUUAGUUGCGUUCCCGGCAUGGAUUCCGAUUGGUUGAUGGGAGAGCGUGGGACUCAGAAAGGAAAAGUGCCUAUUACCUAUCUGGAGCUGCUAAAUUAACAGGAAUAAGUGGCAUUGGAUCCGAAUCAAAAUAUAUAGAAACGUGUAACCCAGCUGUGCUGUGUACAUAUUUAAGACAUGCCAUAUAUGCAAUUAUGACGUGCUGCUCACAUGCAACAGUAUUUCAUUGGAUUUGACCAUGAGGUUUUAACGAGAAGACUGUUUACAGAUCAAUUAAUGCGAUUUUUUUAUGUGACGCAAUAACUGCCAACUUGCCAUUUUAUACAAAACUGCAGGAGUGACUAAUUUGAGUAUUUACAUGUUUACAAAAAGAUGUAUUAAGAUAUCAUUAGCACAGUUUUAUGAAUUGUAAAAUGGUUUCCAUUAUUUACAUGAACUUUUAUUUCAGGUUGUGGAUUAUUUCAAACGAAUGUCUUAACAGAGUGAGAUGGAAACGGAAUAUGACAUUAUUUAUUUCAGGGUCGUAUAGACUCAUUGUAACUAAAAUGUGCCUCAACUAUUAUCUUGAAAUCUCUGCAGUUUAGGUUUUUCUCUAUUCUUUAUUUGAGCACAAAAAGAAAAUGCUUUUUGCACAACCACAGCCUUUCUUGUUAGACAUUAUAAAACAAUUCCUUUUUUAUAUCGUUAAAAACAGUGAUUGAACCUUUAAACUGCAUAUUGAUAAGUUUGAUGUUUUCUAUAUAAUUAAGAAUAGACAGUUGUUUAAAAUACA